CUGAUGACCACGUGUUGGAGCCUUCUGGAAAGUGCUUCCCCUUUCGAGAGCGACCGGGCCCGAGCAGUGCGGUCUUAAGACGGCACCACUUUUCUAAUUUACCUUCGCAGUUUGUGCUGCUUCGCCAUGUCUGCAGUGAAAGCUCUAAACCCUAAAGCAGAAGUGGCCAAGGCCCAGGCCGCCCUCGCAGUGAACAUCAGUGCCGCACGAGGUCUACAGGACGUGCUGAAAAGCAACCUGGGACCGAAGGGAACCAUGAAGAUGCUGGUGUCUGGAGCAGGGGACAUUAAAAUAACCAAAGAUGGCAACGUCCUGUUACAUGAAAUGCAAAUUCAGCACCCAACUGCAUCUUUGAUUGCCAAGGUUGCCACAGCACAGGAUGACAUCACUGGAGAUGGAACAACAUCUAAUGUCCUCAUCAUUGGAGAAUUGCUGAAGCAGGCUGACCUUUACGUGUCAGAGGGGCUUCAUCCAAGAAUCAUUGUUGAGGGCUUUGAGGCAGCAAAAGAGAAAGCAUUGGCAGUAUUGGAAGAGAUAAAGGUGUCCCAGGAAAUGGACAGAGAAACCCUCAUUAAUGUGGCAAGGACUUCUCUCAGGACUAAAGUCCAUGUAGAGCUGGCAGAUCUGCUGACUGAGGCUGUAGUAGAUGCUGUUUUGACAAUAGCUAAACCCAAUGAACCCAUUGACCUGUACAUGGUGGAAAUCAUGGAGAUGACCCAUAAGACUGACUGUGAUACACAAUUGAUCAAAGGUUUGGUGCUGGACCAUGGUGCUCGACACCCGGACAUGAAGAAGAGAGUAGAGGACGCCUUCGUGUUGACUUGCAACGUGUCUUUGGAGUAUGAGAAGACAGAAGUCAAUUCCGGUUUCUUCUACAAGAGUGCUGAUGAGAGGGAGAAGCUUGUGUCUGCAGAGAGGAAAUUCAUCGAGGACCGUGUGCGAAAGAUCAUUGCCCUGAAAAAUGACGUUUGUCCUAAUGGGGAGAAAGGCUUUGUGGUCAUCAACCAGAAGGGUAUCGACCCUUUCUCUCUGGACGCCCUGGCCAAAGAAGGCAUUGUAGCUCUGCGCAGGGCAAAGAGGAGGAACAUGGAAAGGCUUACUCUUGCUUGUGGUGGCAUUGCUAUGAAUUCGGUUGAUGACCUCACUCCUGAGUGCUUAGGACAUGCAGGACUGGUCUAUGAACACACACUGGGAGAACAGAAGUUCACAUUCAUUGAGAAGUGUGGGAAUCCUCGUUCUGUGACUUUGCUAGUGAAGGGACCCAAUAAACACACCAUCACACAGAUCAAAGAUGCUGUGAGGGAUGGACUGCGGGCCGUGAAGAAUGCCAUUGAAGAUGGUAGUGUAGUGUCCGGUGCAGGUGCUUUUGAGGUGGCUCUGGCAGACGCUCUGGUCAAACACAAGCCCAAUGUUCGAGGCAGGGCCCAGCUGGGAGUCCAGGCAUUUGCUGAUGCUCUUCUAUUUAUCCCUAAGGUUUUGGCCCAGAACUCAGGCUUUGACCCACAGGAGACUCUGUUGAAACUGCAGACAGAAUACAAGGAGUCUGGUCAGCUUGUGGGAGUUGACCUCAGCACAGGGGAACCUAUGGUGGCCGGAGAAGCAGGUGUUUGGGACAAUUACAGCGUCAAGAAACAGCUCCUCCAUUCAUGCACGGUAAUCGCUAGCAACAUUCUGUUGGUAGAUGAGAUUGUCCGAGCUGGAAUGUCUUCUCUUAGAGGUUAAAGGUCACUUGUACAACCUGCAGCAAUUUUAUCAUACAUGCAGGGAUAACGUUUAGUGUUAAAAAAAACUUGUCCCUUUUCUCGGAACCUUGAAGCACCCCGGUGUGAUGGACUGUCUACUAUAGAUGCAGCACCCACCGAUGUCCAUCACAAAUCAUUGUACUGCUAAUCAUGGCUUUGUUCAAUAGAGAUUUGUCCAUGCCUUCCUCUGAUUGGUUUAUUUAUGAAAUUUUGUUAAAAGCACUGGUGUCUCACUCUCCCAUUUCUACCCAUUAAAGGUUUUCCUUGUUCUUCAAAA